AUGGCUGAUCUGAACUAUGAGAUGCUUCAUGUUACAGCUGAAUCGUCGGAUGAACGUAGCGCUCUGCUGAAUUUGCUUGAGCGCGACCUUGGUCUGACGCACACCAUACCAUCGACUUACACCUGGAGCAACACUCGAGGGUCAACGUCACACAUUGAUUACAUUUUGUACCGUGUUCCCCACCAGGAAACUUGGGAUAUGCAGGUGAUCGAGGAAUCGGACCGAGUCCUGGACUCGGAUCAUCGCUUGGUUACUCUGUGUGUUGGCCUUUGCAGAGGGCGUAGAAAACGCCAACGUCAGCACCGCACUAAGUGCGGCAAAUGGCUGGUCGAUUACACGAAAGCUGUCCCUCUUCUUAACGACAUGGCCGUGAAUGCUGACCUGGGAGCCCGUGCCCUGGUGGAAGCUGACUUCCUUGAUGUUGCCCGCCGGGAAGUCGUCCAGAAGCGAGCUGCGGCCAAAAAGGGUUGGGGGAACUGGCCCCGGGUGGGAGGGCUACAGGCCUUUUACAGGCAGAAGUAUGCCCCGGAGGAACCCGCCAAGCUGACGUCCCCCAUGCACCUGUAUGAUACCACAGUGGGAGAUCGGAUGCCAGGACCGCCCCUUAUCACAAGGGAAGAGCUUGAGUACGUCCUGACUCUCACUAAAAGUGGGAAGAGUUGUGGCAAUGAUGCCGUUCCGUAUGAGUUUUGGUCUGCUGUUCUCCAAUCUGAAGCAUGUGAGCAUCUUCUGGAGUUCUUGAACGAUAUACUGCUAGGUACUGUGGAGCUUCCGGUGAACUGGACUCUGUCGCAGAUCGUGCUGCUCCCUAAGACUAGGGAGCCACGCGAGCCCAAAGAGUAUCGCCCCAUCGUGCUAGCAGCUACGCUUAGCAAACUCUUCACCAAAGCGCUUCUGUUGCGCCUCCGAACAGUGUUUCCCCGCAUGGGUAGCGGGCAGCUAUCCUCGCAGGUGGGGGCCCAGGCUCUUGAUGGAUCAGUCGCAUUAAAACAUGUGAUUCACUUGUCGCGCCAAUGGGGCCUUCCGUUGCUGGCGUGCAAAUUAGACAUUCAAGCCGCUUUCGAUACGCUGAGUCAUGAGUCGGUAUCUUUGAGCUUUGCGAAUGUCACGUGGCGGCAGAAGGUCGGGCGUUGGCCUAACGCAGCCUACAGUCUGACCCUUCUGUGGCGGCGGUGCAAACUAGCUCAUGAUCCCCCGGCAUGGGAACUGGCUGCAGCCAACAGGCAGCGCUGGCGGGAGUUCACGCUUGAGGUUUUUCAGAUUAAGAACCUCCUACCCGACUCCUUUUAUCCCAACCUGCACCAGGUUGACCUCUGCCACAGGUGCCUCCUGAGAACCGGGGAUCGCUUCUGGCUCCUACCUCAGACCCACCCUCCCAUUGACCCCCCGUAUCAGUCGUCCUAUCAGGUCACUGAGAACUCCGAGUGUCAGGACGAGGUCUCCUGCUUUUGUGUUGCCUGCGAUGGCAGCAAAAAAGGCAGGAAGCUUGGUGGAGGAGUGGCCAUUAUGCCCCUGUAUGGGGAAGUGCCACAGGACGUCGUAGUGUGUGGUUACCCUUUCCAAGGAGCUCCCUUCACAAACAUCAGGGCUGAACUCCUGGCAGCCAUCAAAGCUGUCGAAGAGUGUCUUCAAAUCCUGGACAAGUUCCCUGGGGCUGCGGUUAUCCUAAUUACGGACUCGGCAUAUGUCCUGCAGGUCUUGGAAGGAGGUGCGGUCGGCUUUGCACAUGUUUCGCUACAGGCAGGACUAUGCAUGCUUUGGCACAAGUGUCGUGGCCGGGUCCGAGCUAAACAUGUUCACUCACACAAGGGACAUGCCCUGAACGAGAUAGCAGAUAAGGCCGCCAAGGAAGCCCUGGACCAUCCGCCGAGCCGCAACUUCGUUAGGAGGAUGGACUACUCUCAGGCCUACAUGCCUCGCACUGACGAGCCUGGACCACCGCCGGAGUGCUUCUGGUAG